CUCUCUCUCUCUCUCUCUCUCUCUCUCUCUCUCUCUCUCUCUGGCACAUACAUACACACACUCAGAGAGAGGCAGUGUGUGAGUGGCGGACCCUGUCGUGUGGAGUGUAUUGAAGAGAGGAGAAGAGGGGAGCAGAGCAGCAGACUCUACCAUGCCAGUGCAGGGAGAAAGGCUGAAGCGCUGUCUCUCUCUCUGUCUCUGGAGCCGGUGUCCUCUGCUGUUGCUUGGACUGUUCUCUCUUCACACACAAGCACACGGCAAUAUAUUGGACAGUAUGCUGCUAAGAGCUUCUAGUAAGGAGGCAGUGGAGAGUGGGAAGGAGACUAGUGGCAGCACAGCUCCUGCUUCAUCCUCCCAAAGACUACUGUGGUGUCACUGUUAUCACCACUGCCCCGAAGAUUCAACCAAUAAUACAUGCAGGACGGAUGGCUACUGUUUCACCAUGGUGGAGGAGGAGGGAGGGGUACCGGUCCAGACUGCAGGUUGCCUUGGGCUGGUCGGAUCAGAAUUUCAGUGUAGGGACACGGGGAACUCACGUCAAAGGAGAUCGCUGGAGUGUUGUACAGACCAAGAUUACUGCAACAAAAACCUGCAUCCUACACUGCCACCGCUCAAACCACCUCUCUAUGUAGAUGGAAAGAUCCACCACAUGGCCUUGUUGAUCUCAGUCACUGUGUGCAGCAUUAUACUGGCUGUCAUUAUUGUCUUCUGCUACUUCAGGUAUAAGCGCCAGGAGUCUCGUCCUCGGUACAGUAUUGGUCUGGAGCAGGACGAGACCUACAUUCCCCCUGGUGAAUCUCUGAGGGACCUGAUAGAGCAGUCACAAAGCUCAGGCUCAGGCUCAGGGCUCCCUCUAUUGGUGCAGCGAACGAUAGCCAAGCAGAUCCAGAUGGUGAAGCAGAUAGGCAAGGGGAGGUAUGGAGAGGUGUGGAUGGGCAGAUGGAGGGGAGAAAAAGUGGCUGUUAAAGUUUUCUUCACCACUGAGGAGGCCAGUUGGUUCAGAGAGACUGAGAUUUACCAGACUGUCCUAAUGAGACAUGAGAACAUUCUGGGUUUUAUAGCUGCUGAUAUUAAAGGAACUGGCUCCUGGACCCAACUCUACCUAAUCACCGACUACCAUGAAAAUGGCUCCUUGUAUGACUACCUCAAAUCAACCACCCUAGACAAUAAAGCCAUGCUGCGACUGGCCUACUCCUCUGUGUCAGGCCUUUGUCACCUCCACACCGAGAUCUUCGGCACCCAGGGCAAACCCGCCAUUGCCCACAGGGAUCUGAAGAGUAAGAACAUACUGGUGAAAAGAAAUGGGACCUGCUGUAUAGCUGACCUAGGACUGGCAGUCAAGUUUAUCAGUGACACCAAUGAGGUGGACAUCCCUCCUAACACUAGGGUCGGUACAAAGCGCUACAUGCCUCCAGAGGUUCUGGACGAGACUCUGAACAGAAGUCAUUUUCAGUCGUACAUCAUGGCCGACAUGUACAGCUUUGGGCUGAUUCUCUGGGAGAUCGCUCGGCGUUGUGUCUCCGGAGGGAUCCUUGAAGAGUACCAGUUGCCGUAUCAUGAGUUAGUUCCUACAGACCCUUCAUAUGAGGACAUGAGGGAGGUGGUCUGCAUCAAGAGACUACGGCCAUCCUUUCCUAAUAGAUGGACCAGCGAUGAGUGUUUGAGACAGAUGGGGAAGCUGAUGACAGAAUGCUGGGCCCACAACCCGGCCUCCCGCCUCACAGCCCUACGGGUUAAAAAGACACUUGCCAAGAUGUCAGAAUCGCAGGACAUCAAGCUGUGAGCAGGCGCUGCCAGGUGUGUGUUUACACACAUAGAAAGGACACUAACAAUCACACUGGCUCUGGUCCAGGCCGCACAAUCCUUCCUUCCUAGGAAAAGGAGGUGGGACAGGAAACAAGAUCAUCACUUGGAGAUUGCAGGAUCACAAACUUUGAGUCCAGAUGCCCAGAACUCUACAAUCCAAGUCCCCCUUGAAAACAUGCAUUACAGGACUACGGUGGUUAACUAAAACUCAAAUUAAUCAAAUACAAUCUGGCCCUGUGUGGUCCUGUUCUGUCCAUCAGAGAAGAUGAGACAUUUUCAUUUCUGACUAGUGUUAGGACUCUAUAACAAGGUUCCUGUUCACAUGCUCUAAAAGCCCUGGAGAAAGAGAUUUAGUUUAACUUGGCACUGUAGCUGCAGAAAUAUGCAAAUAAGUUACUGACCAGUGAGUGGAAUACUAUACCACUGCUUUCUGUGAAAGCUACCCUUUCUGUAGAUGAAGGUCUGAUUGAAAGACGAAAAGGAUGUGCUUUAGGCAAUCUGUUAUUGCAGCAUGACACCUCCUUUCAAAACACUGUCAACCCACUACUGCCUUUAUGUUGUAAUUGGAUUGAACACACUUUUGUCACUCUUGAAUUGAGGGCUUUUGGUUACAAUGACACUAAGUGACAGAAAAAAAGUAUUUUGAGGCUUUACAAGUUUUGUUUACGCUGGUAACGUUUGUAGACACUGAAAAAAAAGUACACCUGUAUGUUUUGAGUUGUGAUGGGAUAUGAACGUUGCAAAAGCAUAUUUUCCAUGUAAAACUCAAACUCUGCAAGACUCUUUGUGAAAAAUUAAGUUUAUAUGUCCAAAUAAAUUCUGGAUUGAGGCACUACAUGCCUCUGUGUUUCCUUGCCCUGUGUGAGGAGAGGGGACUUUACAGAAUAAUGGAGCAAUUGCAGCAGAACGGUGCCACCCAUAGGUGCUCCGCUGCAAUUACAUAAUGAGAAGUCUGCCUAGGCAAUCAGAAACUGUUGUACACUAACUGUAGUGGUGACUUCUUGCUUGAUGAUGUAGUGAUCUAUUAUAAAUGUGUGGAAUUGUGCCUGUGUUAGUUUAGGGGUACCACAAGUCGUUUGUCACGGGGGACUGCUAUCAUUCAAACACUCACAGAGUGGCUCCCAUAAUUAGGCUGAUGAUGGAUAUGUGUGUUAUGCAGCUGGACCAGAAGCCUUUGCUUAAGACAUAACAUUCAGAAAACAUCUCCAAACUAUCACCGGAAUUACCCUGUGGACAUCACAAAGUCACUUUUUCCUGACCACCAGGCUGCCUUGUACAUGUAAAUUAAAGUACAUGUUGAAGUGAAUCACCAUAAUAAACAAUUUGCAGCUCUCAUAUGGAAAUCCAGUGGCAGUUGAGUCAUUUAAAAUCCAGAUUCUAUCAGGCAAUUUUCUCCACUGAUUCAAAUUCUCAGUUGGUAGCAGUUAAGUAUUAGGAAGCUCACACAGCCUUAUUGCCUCAGUAUAAAAUGGUUCUCAAGGUAAAUCUGGACACCUUUCAUCAUCACAGUUAGCAGUUAGGUUAGGUCUUCCACAGUAGCCUGCCAUCACAUCCAUUCAUUGUUAGCUAAUUUAGUCCAUUUAUAAAAUCCUUGAUGAACUUUCCUUUGGGUCAAUUCGUUUUUGUUUUUUUUUAUUCAAUUUAUUUUUUUUUUUAUCUCUGCCAACUAAAAUAAUGGGAUGCUCUGUCACUGUCGAAGGUGUGGCAGAUUUGUUGUGUUAUACAUGCCCUUUCUUUCCUCUUGGGUGUUGUGCCUUAUUUAAUCUGUACCUACUGUAGUUGUCUGUGAGAGAAAGUGGUAUUUUUAAUUCAGUAAAAAGGUUGAACAUUCCCCCAAUAAAGUGUUUUCACUCAUCCA